AUUGGAGGAAGCGAAAGUGUACGGUAAACUUUAAUAAAUAGUUUAUCGCGUUAAAAGAUUAUAAAAUUAACCAAUACUUUACAUGAGUCUAGUGUCCCAAAAUUCUGUAUCUUGUUCGGAUCAACGGAAAGCACCACGCAACAAUAGUAAAUUGUUCUAUAAAAAUCCAUCAUAGUAGCAUCCGCAAGCUGAAGCAUGCAAUCCCGAACCCAAUCGUCUACCGAACCGCACAAAAAAAAACCUGCUAGAACAAACCGCGAAGAAGCAGCGGUCCAAACUCCCAAACAACCUAAUUUUUCUCGUUUUCGCACGGUCAAUUAAAUGGGACACAACCAUUUCCCGAGCGCAGGCGAGGAUAGUAGUGGAGGAAUGAAGAAGAACCCAUCGGUGUGUUGUGCCCUAACUCGAAAACGGCUAAAAGGCGACCAAGGCGAGCCUCCCGUAGCCUUUCCUGCUUGCCGUUCGCCGGGUUCGCGUUUUGUCGAGUCAAUCGGAACAUGGUUCCGUAUGGUGGCGGCAUCGGUCUCAAAAAGGCUGCGACUUUUCCCACACUCUUGCUCUUCACCAGUUCUGGGAUGAAGUACAAGAAACAGCGAAACACAAACUAAAACGACUGGAUCGACAUAAGAGUAAGAGAGAACGCGGGAGAAGGCGCGCGCGCACUCCGAACGCUUUGAGCCGCGCCGUUCCCGGGUUUCGAUGAUUCUCGAGCGAAAAAAAAAGCGAAAACAUACACACCAAAUCGCAGAUAAAUAGAUAGUGGUGAAGAUAGACGCAGGCGAAACACGGUGCCCGCGCACGGGUACGUAUGGCAAGGGAACGGUGCACGGUGCGAUCCGGGACGAUUCGCAAUAGCCAGCGAUCGAAAGUAGCCGAAUCGCUCCAACCAUCGAGGUUGUGCGGUGCGGUGACACCAGCAAGCGAAAGGAACCAGCAGCGCAAAGUGAGAUACCGCGUCCUGGCUGGCAUCCGUGUCCCAUUGUGUCGCGCGGGAGUGCCCUUGUCUUGUUGACCUUGUCCCGUAGCUGCUGGUCGGACGACCCGCGGGGUUCCUAUUUAACGCGUCGUGGUUGCAAGUUGAAAGAGAUUUGCCGCCGUCGCAUGGUGCUGCUGGUGCUGCAUAACGAAGCGGGAAUCAAUUUUUAAUGGCCUGGCGGCGUGCUGUUACGAAAAACAGGAAAGCAAUGCAACGGUGAAACGGUAAGGUAUUAAUUAAAAUAUGUAAAAUUUUAAUUGCUACAAAGCAGUGCGGUAAGUGCGCGUGUAAGGUGUGAACUGUCAUCAAGCGGUAAGGGAUGCGCUCGUUGGGAGCUAAUUUACAUUUAAACCCAACAUCCAUAGUACAAUGUUCUAAACCAUUUCUGUUGCUGCAUUACAAAUUCUUACCGUUGGAAAGGUGUGCAGCGUUCGAAAGUGUAGUAUGUUGAUCGAUGUGUGUGUGUGUGUGACGAGCGGCAGCGCAACAAAACCUUCAUCAGACACCGGACCACGUUCUACCGAGAACCGAAAUCUCAAAGGCAGCGGAUGCGCGCGCGCGCCCAUACGCGAUGGCGGAAGGCAUUCGAAAAAUGCUAUCCUGCUGCGUUUUUUCCACUCAUCGUACGCGUCACGAUUAUUGAUAUUUACAAGCGCCUUGUCGGGGGAUCCCGCGAACGCUUACGUACCCGAGCAUGAACCGGGCAAGACUCCAUGCCCGGCCGCCUAUGUGCACGAUAGUGCUGUGCUGGUUUUGGUUUUGGCUCUCGUCGACUACGACACACACACACACACAGACUCGAACGCACUGGAAACGCGAUGGCCACAAUCAAUCAAUAUCAUCUACUGCCGUCGCCGUCGUUCCGAUUGCCACAAUGAUUAAUCUAAUGUUGUCACGGAGCGCCGUGCCCGCGUAAAGACUUGCGCACUGAUGCUGGACCGACCAGCAUACCGACGGACGGCGACGACGACGACGAUAUUGUUAAACUCUGGCAAGUUCGUGCUAGUUGAAUUUUUUCUGACCACCAAAAAAAUUGAGAUCUCGUCCGCGCGAGCCCCGUUAUCGUUCUAGGUGCCAGUUGGCUAGUUCGAACAGAAGGGGAUACAAGGAGAGCGUUCCUAGCAUACCAGACUUCAUUCUUUCCUAGCGUUGGUUGAAACUCUCAUCCACACAACAUCCCCUCGUUUGCUCGAGUUUAAAAAGUUGGCACUUCCAAUCCGAUUCGCACUAAAUCGGUUCGAUUAAUAACCAUAAUCGAUAAUUGGUUCGAGCCUCCAUGCCAUGAAACUAAUGGACGGCGAUUAGCAGAGCGUACGAUAUGCUCGGCACCGGUGCCGAAACCUGUCUGUCCGCUUCGCCAGUUCCAGCCGCCUGCCAAAAGGCGCCCUUACGAACGCGCCCAGAACACACAUUCCAUAAUCCAUUUUCACAAACACCGAACUAACCCCGCGCCUCGACUCUAUGGUGGCGAUCAGUUCGGUCAUUCUCGUGGCUUAAAAGCGGGCGGUACGCCGCGUGUCACCGGACAGUGCGUUGUCCGUCCGUGUGGGGAGGAAGGCGGCUACAUCGCUCGGGAGGAUUGAUAUUUGGCAAGAUAAUUCAAAGAUUUCGGGCGGCAUCGCUUAAUCCUGCGCCACGCUGUACGAUGAUAAAUAUGAGAGAAGGCAAACGCAGAACGUGCGUGCGAAGGUUCUUGUUUUUUUUUUUUUUGGGGGGGAGGUGGAAGAUGGCAUGGAUGAGGUUUCAAAUAUUCUACAUCCCCACGCCGUGGUGUGACACCGCUUGCCGCUUACGGUUAGCGCCGAAGUAGCCAGAUGUGCCGCUCGGCUGCGGUUCGCGUCGUUCGCAACUUUUCUUAAUGAUGUCAAUUAAUGGGUGAAAUAUUGCAGCGAUUUUAAAAACUCGUGUUGAGCGAAUUGUAUUUAACAGCUCGCCUGGAUGGUGCGGCUCCGUGAGCUGUUGGGAAUGAGCGCCAGGGGCCCCUGGCGAGCAUGGCGUUUUCCCACGCUGAUGUUUCACUUCAGGGCGCAUUAUUUGGAUGUUGUAGGAGAUUAUUCAAAUCAUGCGGUAUGAUAAAAAAACUCAAAGCUAUAUGCCUGUCCCUUUCCAAUUGUCCACCCCUGACCAUUCACCCUCAUAAUAACGCAGAGUCAUUGGCUGCGUACGUAUACCGGUACACCGCAGCCGACUGGACAGAUGCUGUCAUUCUACUCCGUUGCCAUGAUAACCGUCUAGUAUCCCGCGCAAAAUGCUCUUCCACCCGGCCGGAGGGGAAUUAGUUGGCAGUGGCCAAGCCAUUCAUUUUCAGUACGUCAAGUAGUUCAGUUCAGCUUCCGUGUGUGGGUCAGAAAUUUCGCGAAGAAAGUGUUGCUACCACCGGCAGGCAAAAUGUUUGGACUAAAGGCACGUGACACCGCCAAGUCUGCGGUGCAUCAAACUACGGCAAAGACUGAGCGGAAGCCGCUGCAGGAUCUUGACGUUAAUCGGAGUCGCUAUCAUAAGCUUCCGUCCAAGGAUGGAGCGAUUGGAGAGAAGGGGCUCUUCGCCUCCGGCUUCAAGGUGUACGGAGAUGGAGAAAAAUGUUCCCGCAAGACAGCUACGGCUUCAGCAGACACGAAAAAGAUGACCGGCCAGAAAAGCGCACUCCAAACGAGCCUUGAAGGGAGUAAGGACAAAUCUUUACCCAUGAGUGCAAUGGCACAGGUUACGUCAGGCGAAUCGCUCGUAGAACAGCUUGCUAAGAUCCGUAUUCAAAAAGUGCCAAAGAACAAAGAGAAGUGUAACGAUGAGGACAUUGCUAAGCAAGAUGCGCCGACGCCACACUCGGAAGACGCUAAAAGCGCACCAUUAUGGGACAUAACUAAAACGCAGGAACCAAAGCCUGCUAAUACGGAAGAGACUAUCGGUACAGGCGCGAUUCGUAAGAGCUCCAUCUACGAGCCUCGUACUGCGCAGGAUAGCGUUGUUCGUGAGCUGAAAUCCUUUCCAUUGAACGCAUUGGCUGCUGAAUGGAAAGCUUCUUCCGUUGCAGUCGAGCCUAACAGCAAUACCAUUGCUACAGCUGACAGGCCUGGCUCGGACAAAUCUCCGGACGGAACGCAACCUAUCCCAACGUUUUGGGACUUAUUUGCGGACGUUUGUCCGGACGUGCCGACGACGGGCAGGAAAAUUGUGGGCCGACGACAGUAUUCACCAGUCAAGCCAAACCACAGCCGUGCAUCGACAUCAUCAUCAUCGCACUCAUCCACAUCCAUUUUGGGCGAGCUGGAUGAUCGGUCGGGUGAGAUUCUGCGCUACCAGCGAUACAAAGAGGCGCGCCGCCGAAAGGCGAUCGAGGCGAUGCGUGUCGAGCAGGAGCGUCAAAAACGCAUGCUCGACGCACCGGCCAUCCCACAGCCGAAAGGGCUGUACCCAAAUGCACCGAUAGGUGUGAAGGAUCAACGGCAGAUGUCGCCGCCUACUGUUGCGAUUGCUGCUGAAACCUAUUCAGCCAAGAACGGACCCGGUGCAAAUGGAUAUCAACGGAAUGGGAUGUGCAACCAAGUUGCAGCACCGUUGCGGGAAACGAACACCAUAGCAACAGGGCCCAUUGAACGUUCCAGUAUCUGUAUUUACAAGUAUCCAACACCGCCGAACUUUCCCAUACGCUACGAACCGGCCGAGAUUUUGAAAAUGAACUACCAACAAAAACAUACCGGCAAAGGGUAUGGUGACGUGUUUUGGUAACACAGGUACUCCUUUUUAAUACAGCUAAAUGUCUUCUUUUUUUU